AUGGAGAGAUUUCUUAUUCGCAAACCAAAACAAACAGAACCUGUUCCAGUGGCCAGUACAAGUAGGAUGAUAACCGAAAAUGAAGUUAAUGAAUCUGAAGAGGGAGACGGAGACAUGCAAAUUGAAGAUGAUGAAGUGUUGGAAAUAGCCACGGCCAGGGUAUCAAUAGAGGGUAGGGGUGAAUCAAGGCCACAACCAAAAAAGAAGGUUAAUGAUAAAAUGGAAAAGUCUGUCACGAGAGAAGAAUUCAAUGCUUUAGGUUUUUUGCACGAGCAUAACCUUCCAUUUAUAGUGAUGGAUCAUUUAAUUCCGCUCUUAGCGAAUAUAUUUCCAGAUUCGGAAAUUGCAAAGGCUGCUGUUGACAGAAUCUUGGAGAACUGGGAUGCAUUUGCUCUCUAUUUUAGGAUGGAAUGUGCAGAAGAAGAUUUGAACUCAAUCAAAACUAUUUUAAGGUCACUUGAACAUCCAGCUUAUAAAAUAAAUUGUCCAUUUUUGUCUUAUGUGUUAGAAUUAGUUAACAAAUUCAAUUUGGAAUUUCAAGCAGAAAAACCCAAAUUGUAUACUUUAUCAACCAAAGUAAGUGAUUUAUGUAGAAACCUUCUGAGGAAUUUUCUCAAAAAAACAUACAUAGAAGGUAGUGAUUUGAAAAAUAUUAAUAGUAGUGACCCAUCAAAUUUUUUACCUCUUGAAUCCAUGUAUUUUGGAACAAAAACUGAAUUAUUGACUGCUAGAGAAGGUGUGGACCAAGCUGAGCUCCAUAAUUUUAGAUUAGGGGCUCUGGACUUUUAUAUAGAACUUUCAAGGCAAAUUAAAAAAAGAUUUAAUUUUUCAGACCCUUUACUAAACUUUUUAAAAAUUCUUGAUCCAAAUGUUGCCGUCUCUGGAGAGAUUGGUAGCAUUGCUGUAUGUAGCUUGCAGUAUUUUCCGAAUCUGGUAGAUAAUGUAGAAAAUUUAAAUUCUGGAUGA